AUGGCUGCUGUGUACCGCCCCGGCCUGCGGCUUAGCUGGCAGGGGCUGAGCCCCUGGUGCUGGUCAUCAUGCCGCAGCAUCCAGACCCUGCGUGUGCUCAGUGGAGAUCUGAACCAGCUGCCAGCUGGAGUUCGAGACUUUGUGGAGCGCAGUGCCCGCCUCUGCCAGCCAGAGGCCAUCCAUAUCUGUGAUGGGACUGAGGCUGAGAACACUGCCAUAUUGACCCUGCUGCAACAUCAAGGCCUCAUCCGAAAGCUCACCAAGUAUAAUAACUGCUGGCUGGCCCGCACAGACCCCAAGGACGUGGCACGAGUAGAGAGCAAGACAGUGAUUGUUACUCCUUCUCAGCGGGACACAGUGCCCCUCCCAGCUGGUGGGGCCCGUGGGCAGCUGGGCAACUGGAUGUCCCCAGCUGAGUUCCAGCAAGCUGUGGAUGACAGGUUCCCGGGCUGCAUGCAGGGACGGACCAUGUACGUACUCCCAUUCAGCAUGGGUCCCGUGGGCUCACCACUGUCCCGCAUUGGAGUACAGCUCACUGACUCAGCCUAUGUGGUGGCGAGCAUGCGUAUUAUGACUCGGCUGGGGACACCUGUGCUCCAGGCCCUGGGAGAUGGGGACUUCGUCAAGUGCCUUCACUCUGUUGGUCAGCCCCUGACUGGACAAGGGGAGCCAGUGAGCCUGUGGCCAUGCAACCCAGAGAAAACCCUGAUUGGCCAUGUGCCUGACCAGCGGGAGAUCGUCUCCUUCGGCAGCGGCUAUGGUGGCAACUCCUUGCUGGGCAAGAAGUGCUUUGCCCUGCGCAUCGCCUCUCGCCUGGCCAGGGAUGAGGGCUGGCUGGCGGAGCACAUGCUGAUCCUGGGUAUCACCAACCCUGCAGGGAAGAAGCACUAUGUAGCAGCUGCCUUUCCUAGUGCCUGUGGCAAGACAAACCUGGCCAUGAUGCGGCCUGCACUGCCAGGCUGGAAAGUGGAGUGUGUAGGGGACGACAUUGCCUGGAUGAGGUUUGACAGUGAAGGUCGACUGCGGGCCAUCAACCCCGAGAAUGGGUUCUUUGGGGUAGCUCCUGGUACCUCUGCCACCACCAAUCCCAAUGCCAUGGCUACAGUCCAGAGUAAUACUCUUUUUACCAACGUUGCUGAGACCAGCGACGGCGGUGUGUACUGGGAGGGCAUUGACCAGCCUCUUCCACCUGGCGUCACUGUAACCUCCUGGCUGGGAAAACCCUGGAAACCUGGUGACAAGGAGCCCUGUGCACAUCCCAACUCUCGCUUUUGCGCCCCGGCUCGCCAGUGCCCCAUCAUGGACCCAGCCUGGGAGGACCCAGAAGGUGUUCCCAUUGACGCCAUCAUCUUUGGAGGCCGCAGACCCAAAGGAGUGCCCCUGGUGUAUGAGGCCUUCAACUGGCGUCAUGGGGUGUUCAUCGGGAGUGCCAUGCGCUCUGAGUCUACUGCUGCGGCUGAACACAAAGGCAAGACCAUCAUGCAUGACCCAUUUGCCAUGCGGCCCUUUUUUGGCUACAACUUUGGGCAGUACUUGGAACACUGGCUGAGCAUGGAGAGACGCAAGGGGGCCCGGUUGCCCCGAAUCUUCCAUGUCAAUUGGUUCCGACGUGAUGAAGCAGGCCGCUUCCUGUGGCCAGGCUUUGGGGAAAACGCUCGGGUGCUGGAUUGGAUCUGUCGGCGGUUAGAGGGGGAGGACAGUACCCAAGAGACACCCAUCGGGCUAGUACCAAAAGAAGGAGCCCUGAAUCUCAGUGGUCUUGGAGCCAUAGACAUCACACAGCUGUUCUCACUCCCCAAGGACUUCUGGGAACAGGAGGUUCGUGACAUUCGGACCUACCUGACAGAGCAAGUCAACCAGGAUCUGCCCAAGGAGGUGCUGGCUGAGCUGGAGGCCCUGGAGGAACGGGUGCGUCGAAUGUGACCCUGCUAGGCUCCAGGCCUGCAAGGCAGCACCCCCAUCUGGAAUAGGGAGCCCCCGCCUUGCAGAAAGUAUGAGCUAUUCCAUAUUGACAUCUCAGUGCCAUGAGACCAAGCUGAGGACCCUCCCACACAGUGUCUAAAAAGACAUGCUCGUUUAUUUUAUACGA